CGGGUGGCGACCAGAAAGAGGACUUGCAUGGGCGGCCACGUGGUUUCCUCGGGGCUUUCGACAACUCGGGAGUGCAUGUGUGUGUGGGUGUGUGUGCACAAGUUGGAGGGGGAAGGCGAGGAGGAAGCUGCGAUGCGGGAGGAGCCCACAGAAAGUCCCCUCCUCGCCGGCUCGUUUGUGCUGCUGGAGGUGCGAGGCAGGAGCGAGAUCCGUAUGUUUGAGUGUGUUUGUGUGUGUGUGAGAGAGAGAGUCCAAGAUCCUUGUAUCCAGAAGCAGCAGCAGCAGGUGGACUCUCUUUAUUCCCCCCUUCAAGACAAGCAGCUGCUGCAGCCGGCUAAGGAAGCAGGGCUCUUCCACCCCCGUCGACUAUGGAGAGAAGGCGGCGGGGAUGCGACUGAAUCUUCGCCGCGGGUCUGAGGAACAAAGGAACUCCUGCUGAAGGAGGAGAAGAAGCGAGGGGGCCCCAGGCGCGUUGCUUCCCCGCCACAGAGCCGCUUCCAGGCAGAAAGAGAGAGAGAGAGAGAAAAACCCAUCUCUUUAGCGCGAGAACCAAGAUCGAGGGAGGCUUCCAUCCCGCUCCCUUUCUGUCCAGAUCCUUUAUUUUAUGGGCGCAGCGAAACCCGGAGCUCCGAAGAAAUCCCCCUCCACUAGCCAUGGCACUUUCCGGGGUGCGCCGGGAACUUGGGCUUGGGAUCCCCGGGGUGCUCGCCGCUUGCCGGACCUCCUUUUUUCGGCACCUUCUCUUCAUCCGGAAUGACUUUUCAGCCUAGCCCACUUUGACUCGAGUUUGUGUGUGUGUGAGAGAGAACGGGGCACUUGCGCUCUCCGCCUUCCCGGGAGCCGGCGAGCUUUUUCCAGCCAUCCUGAAGGUUUCAAAAGCUGCUCCCCUCCUGGAUGCCUGCUGAGGGGCUGGUUUCCCGCGCAGGGUGGGAGUUUUCUGAAGUGAGCUUGUGGCGGCCUCCCGAGAGGAAGGAGCUCUUCCCGCCUCGAGUUCCCCAGGAGGCGCCUUCCUGCCCAGGCUGAGUGCAUGCGCGCCAGUCCCACCAGGCUCCUCUGCUCCCGCCAUGGCCUUCACGUUUGCUGCCUUUUGCUACAUGCUCUCCUUGGUCCUGUGUGCCGCCCUCAUCUUCUUCGCUAUUUGGCAUAUAAUCGCAUUUGAUGAGUUAAAGACAGACUUCAAGAGCCCUAUAGAUCAGUGCAACCCAGCGCAUGCGAGAGAGCGAUUGAGAAAUAUUGAACGAAUCUGCUUUCUUUUGCGAAAGCUAGUAUUGCCAGAAUAUUCGAUCCAUAGCCUUUUCUGCAUAAUGUUUCUGUGUGCUCAAGAAUGGCUGACCCUUGGCUUGAAUAUUCCUCUGCUUUUCUAUCACUUCUGGAGGUAUUUCCACUGUCCAGCAGACAGUACGGAGCUAGCAUAUGACCCUCCUGCAGUAAUGAAUGCAGACACCUUGAUCUACUGCCAAAGAGAGGCCUGGUGUAAACUAGCUUUCUAUCUCCUCUCCUUCUUCUACUAUCUUUACUGGCUGGUGUCCCUUUUGAUGCUAAGACCAGACCCAUCUCCUACUGAAACGUUCCUCUAUGGACAUAUCUGAAGCAUGAUCUACUCUUUAGUGACUUCCUAAUUCAAAGAAGGCGUUAAAGACUGGAAACUACAAAGGGUAGAGAUUAAAGACAAGCUGGUCUGCAGUCACACUUGGCAUAUGAAGCACCACAAAGAAAUGGAAGCUUUGAACCCAACCACCAUACUGGAUGUAAAAAGGGGGGAAAUCAUUAGAAGAAGUUUAAAAAAUUGAAAGUAAUAGAUGGCUGAACAAACUGCUUCUCCUGCUUACCAUUCUGUGUUUUACAUCCUUUGGGAUUUCCAAUUCCCCAGCAUGAACAAAACAAAUACGACUAUUGAAUAUGGCUUCAUCUGCAUGUGACGGGAGCAAAAGAUUCUGUCAUAUUACUUUAUCAUAGAACUGCAACUCCCAAAAGGAGGAAGAUUUGUUCCUUACCCCUUUUUCCACAGAGGGGCUAGUAACGCAAGAUGGCUGCCUACAAAAACUGACCAAGAAGAUUGCUGUGAAGUUUUGAUGUGUGAUUCUCUGCUCCCAGAGUAUCAUCAGUUGCUGGACACAAGCUGGCAAAUACCUGGCUAAAUUGCUCUUUGCCUGAAGAAGAAAAGAUGCAUCUUGUCAAUUAGAACACAUUGGCAGAAACACGUUCAAAUUAUGCACCCAGCCAUUCUCACUUAAAGGCUUUUCUUGUGGUUGAUCCUCCAGUGAUUUAUACUAGCAUGCCCAAGCAAUGCUGAACCAAUUCAGACACGGUAAAGUCAAUAGUACUAGUCCGUUUUUUAUGAUGACACAAUUAUGUCAAGCAUCCUACAUAGUAUAAUAUUUCCUCUACUGAAGGAAAAAUACUAAUAACACACGAAGGAAUGGUGUGGCAGAAUGUUCUGCAAUACAGACUGCAAAAGGACCACAUUACUUUAGUCUGCAGUCUUGUCAUGUGGUUUUAGGUGUAUGGUGCAACAGAACCUGAAGUUAAUGGGACUAUUCACCCCCCACAAGCAUAUUGAAUAGAUGUUGUUGAGCAUAGUAAUAAAUGGUGGUUAUUAUUAAUUUUGUAUACAAGAUUUCUAAUUUCAUCUGAGAUAUCGUGCUAAUUAGGUUGGCCAUAUGGGCUGUAUGUGUCUGCUGUAUGUCUGCUACAUACACACAUUUCUUAUAUAUAUAUUAUUUAUUUAACAAAAUUUGAAGACUGCUUGAUCGCUAAAACCUCUAUGCACACAUAUUUUUAAUGUGUCUCCAAGAGUGUAGACUUCAUGCUAUUGUCUUUAAAGUUGUAAUCCCUAACACUUUACUAGGGAGUAAAUCCCACUGAACUCAGUGGAACUUACUUCUAAUAUGGUUAAGGGUGCUCUGUAUGGAAUCGAUUUUCAUUUUGUACUUUAGUUUUUUGAACUACAAUUCUUUGGCAUAAAAUAUAAUCUAAUUUGUUACCCAAGAUGUGCACCCUUAUAUUAAAAAAUAUACAAUUAAGGUGGGUCAGAAAAAAGGGGCACCUUCUUCAGUCUUCUGCCUUGCACUGUUGCUGUGGCCAGUAUGCCAAGCUAAAAAUCUCAACAGGAUGCUGCUGCCUGCCCUGAAAGGAAGGAGAGACUGCAGUAAAUAACCUGGUGGUGGAAGUCUCUCUUUUGCCAUGAUUUCAGUGAAGAGGAGAUAGACUAACAGCACAGUCCUAUACAUGUUUAUUCAGAAGUAUGCCCCAAUGAGUUCAGUUGGUCUUACUCAGGUAAGUGGGUAUAUGGUUGCAGCCUAAGGGUUUCAGUUGAGUGUUUAUUGUGGGAUCAGUACUUCUCAUGCAUGCAGGUUUUAUGCAGCAUCCAUAGUGUUAGUAUCAAAAAUCGCCCCCUGUCCUGUUUAAUGUAGAUUUCUGGGAGAAAUUUGAUUAAAUGACCCAUUUGUGGUAUCUUAAAGGUCUGUUUGCAAUAUUAAGCCUCUACCUAGAACCACCAUAAAUCUGCAAUACUGUGCACACUUACUUGGGAGUGAAUGUCACACCCCCAAAAUAAACAUGCAUAGGAUUAUGCUGUACAGCUAAAUGCGAAAGGUGAGCCAACUCAGGUAGAAAUUGGAAAGCCGUCCCAUUGACCUCAAUGAGGUGGUAGCAAUAGAAACUUAGCUCAUUCAGAAUAUUUUGCUUUGGUUAAAGAUAAAAAGCAAUCGUUUGAAUCCCAGUACAUAUUAUUGGCCUGAAAAUCUGGAACGUUGUGCAGCCACCAUAUGUCUCUCCCCCCCCCCUUUAGGUCCUGCUGUAUGCAACCAUCACCCAGUUGACUAAAAUUUCAUCUUUCUGUUGUAAAUCAUUGCAAAGUUGAGUUAGCAGUAUGGCAACAAUUGCCUUGGUAAGGUAGCUUCUCCAGUAAGUUUAUUAAACAAGGCAAUAAUCAGAAUCUUCUUUUUGGGGUGGCUUGAAGUAAAAUAAUAACAAUAUUUUCUUAAAAUACAUUUUGUUAUUGUGAAUGAUACACAUAUUCUGAAUGGGUAGCUCUUUCUGUGAAUGGCUGGAUCAAUAGCUGAGUAGUGCCUCACAAAAUGCCACACACACUUACCUUCGAAUAAACCCCACAGAAUUAAACAGGACUUACGUCUGAGUAGAUAUGCAUAAAAUUGCACUGUUCGGCUGCAGUCUUGCACCCAUGUCCCUGGAAGUAAACCCUGCUGAACUCAGUGGGACUUACUUCUGAGCAGAUGCAUAUAGGAUUGCACUGUUAGUGUAUCCAUCUUGUUUGGAGGGAAGGUGAGGAACAGAUUAUGCCUGGCUGAAAAUAAAGGGUGGGACCCAGGUGUGAUUUCUAGCCUGGGUCAUGCACUUCCUAUUUUUAUGUUAAUAAAAAAAUAAAUGAUUGUGAGCUGCUUCUAAUCUGCAUUUUCUUGCAGGUGCAAGUCCACUGAGGUGCUACACUGAGCAAAUUUCCAAAGAGCUUGGAUUAAGGACUGUGUACUCACAUUAUGAGUGAAAUAGCAAACCGCCUUGGCCUUGCACAUCAGCUUUCGUACAUUUCUUUAGUUGCAAGGCUGGAAGCAGCCCCUCCAAUGGAAUGCUGUUCCCCAUUCUUCUAGCCUUACUCUGUACUUCAUUUAGUCACAGUAAUUGCACUGAUCAUGAAUAAAAUGUCAUUGUUCUGA